GCCCGGGUGGGGGUGAUGAGGAUGCGGGGGUCCACCUUUGUAGCCCCAGAGGCAUGAUGGGCUCUGUCUGGUUGUAGCAUCACAGAGCUUGAUGGGAACUUUCACUCUGAGACCCUUUUAUGGAUAAGAAAACUGAGGCUGGGGUGGCAGGAGCAGCUUACCCCAGAGGUCCUCUCUCCUAGAGGGCUAGAGUUGGGAUAAGCAGGGUCUCUGGGGGGCAGCAAGACCCAGCUCCAACUGUGGUUCCUCUGCCUUCUGGCUGUGUGACUCAGGAGGGUUGCUCAGCUUUUCUGAGCUGUUGUGGUUCGCCAGUGCAGUGUGGCAGGUGUUGGUGCCUUGCUCGGGGAAUGCAGUGUCUAGCCUGGUAUCCUUAGAAAGUGGCUGAGGUUGGAGACUGGUGGGGCAGAGUCUCUGAAGCUGACCCAUUCCUGCCUUGGACCUUCACGGAGAUGCUGCUGGAAGUGAUGCUGUGUGCUGCGGACCCGCCUGGGGUUCAUGGAGUGGGCCACGGGGCCCAGCCCUGAGCACUGCUGUACCCAGGCUCGCCGUGCCUGCUGCUGAGGAGUCCCCGCGCUGCUGGCUCUCACCAUUGCCCUCGCCUGCCGAUGGCCUCUGCUGCCCAGCCUGGGGCCAGCUCUACCGCCUGAGCCCCCUGCCCCCCUCCAGGACUCACCGUACCCCGAUGGGGUAACGUGACAGAGGCCCCGCACGUCAGAGGCCGCUGUCCCCACGGCCGCUGCCCGUGACCCCUGGCCCAAGGCUGCUGGAGUUGGUUCAGUUCAAGUUCAUUCUUCCUUUGGCCCUUGGGGGCUUGGGGCCCACCUCUGAGUGAAGGGGGCUGUCUGCCCAGCCACCGAUGUGGAGAGAGCGCCCCCAGCGUGGGGUCCAGCUCUGGACGCUGCUUGGCGGCCGGAUUCUCUUUGGGCUUUUAAGUUUUCUUUGCUGAGCUUUUUUUGGUUGUUCUUUUUAUUUUUUGCCUCUUUAUGACUAUCCAGCUGUGAGAGACAGGAGUUUGGCGUUGCCCGCUUUACUUUGGGCGGGGAGGGGGCUGUUUUUCCUCUUUUCUUUUUUAAGACUUGGGUUUUCUUUUUUAAUUAUCCAAACACUGGGCAGCUUCCUCCCCCACACCUAAGUAUUUGCACAAUAUUUGUGCGGGGUAUGGGGGUGGGUUUUUAAAUCUCGCUUUUCUUGGACAAGCACAGGGAUCUUGUUCUCCUCAUUUUUGGGGGGUACGUGGGGACUUCUCAGGACGUGUCCCCAGCCUUCUGUGCAGCCCCUUCUGCCCUGCCGGGCCUGUUGGGAGGCGCCAUGGCUCGGAUGAACCGCCCGGCCCCGGUGGAGGUGAGCUACAAACACAUGCGCUUCCUCAUCACCCACAACCCCACCAACGCCACGCUCAGCACCUUCAUCGAGGACCUGAAGAAGUACGGGGCCACCACCGUGGUGCGCGUGUGUGAAGUGACCUAUGACAAAACGCCGCUGGAGAAGGACGGCAUCACAGUUGUGGACUGGCCGUUUGAUGACGGGGCGCCCCCACCCGGCAAGGUAGUGGAAGACUGGCUGAGCCUGGUGAAGGCCAAGUUCUGUGAGGCCCCUGGCAGCUGCGUGGCUGUGCACUGCGUGGCGGGCCUGGGCCGGGCUCCAGUCCUUGUGGCGCUGGCCCUCAUCGAGAGUGGGAUGAAGUACGAGGACGCCAUCCAGUUCAUCCGCCAGGCCAGCCCGUGGGCACGCCUGAGGCCAUGGCGGGUGAGGAUGGAUGAGUCUCCAGAGGCGCUGGGUGGGCAGCCCCAGGCCCCGGACGCCUGUCACCUCAGGGUCUCUCAGGUGUGGCUGCAGCAUCCUCUCCUCCAGGAAGUCUUCCUGUCCACCCCAGCCCAGGAAGCGCCGUGGAGCCAUCAACAGCAAGCAGCUCACCUAUCUGGAGAAAUACCGGCCCAAACAGAGGCUGCGGUUCAAAGACCCACACACGCACAAGACCCGCUGCUGUGUCAUGUAGCUCAGGACGUUGACCGGGCCUGGUGGCCCUGCCCAGCCCUGCUCUGCCCAGCCCAGCAGGGGCUCCAGGCCUUGGCUGGCCCCACAUCGCCUUUUCCUCCCCGACGCCUCCGCGCACUUGUGUCCGAGGAGGCCCCUGGCCUGUGUGGCCUCUGGGCCUUCUCCUGUCUCUGCCGCUCCCUCUGGCAGCGCUGGCCGUGGCUCUGUCUUUCCGAGGUGGGUCAGGCGCCCUCUUCCCUGGACCCCCGCCCGCCCCCUCCCACACCAGCCCAGGCCGGUCUCCUCUGGCCUGUUUGUUGCAGGGCGGGGGUACAUUUUGUAACCACUGGGCCCCCCCAGCCCGUCUUCUGCGACCCUUGCCCUGACCUGUUCUCGGCACCUUAAAUUAUUAGACCCCAGGGCAGUCAGGUGUUCUGGACACUCGAAGGCAAUAAAUCAGGAGCCGUGGCGUGGC